CUACCAUUAUUUCUUGGGCUUGGGCUUGAGCCCAAUCCUGGAAGGCCCAAAUUGCUCCCCUUCGGUUUCUCCAUCUCAAUUUCAACUUCUCCACUGAUCACACAGUCCACCCGCGCCGUGUUCGGCGAAAUGCCGGCGCCAGCGCCGCCCUCCUCUGCCCGCUCCGGCGCUCGCCGCCGUGCGCGUCGCUCGAGAGAGCUCGACACCCUCGUGUCGGCGCCGGAGACGGCGCCCGCGCAGGAGUCUGCGGCCGAGUUCAAGGAGAGUAGAGAUUUCUGGCCACUCCUCGACGAAUUCCGUCAACUGGAUGGUCAUUACUGGCCGUCUCCGGCCAGCGGCCUCAUCUGAGCGCCGACUUCGAUGCCUCGACGUCGUCGGAGGUGGAAGGGGGACGCCCCCAGCCACGCGACGCGACGGGCCCCUGAGCGGCUGCGCUGGGUCCCCGAAGUCGCCGCGCGCGUCGUCGCCUUCGUCAGGUUCAGGCAGUACACAAUGGAAAGCAACUGCGGACUCACAAUGUUCACAUGUAUCAUUCAGAGAGAAAUCGUCCUAUCAAGAUCCCACAUCAAGUAUAAUAUAUGUUUCGGACUAUGGUUUCAUCAGCACAGGAGCAAACCAUAACAUCUCCUCAGCAUACAUUAAACCAUCACUGGCACAGCGCAAUUACAAUGUCCGAUUCUUUCCAGAUGGCACACGGAACUGCUACACCCUGAGGUCCUUGCAGGAGGGAAACAAGUACUUUGUUCGAGCUGUCUUCUACUAUGCAAAUUACGAUAGCCUGAACAAGCUUCCUGUCUUUGAUCUGUACCUGGGGGCAAACUACUGGCAUGAGGUUAAGUUUAGUAAUGCCGAUGCAGUUAAUUGGAUGGACAUCAUAGUUGUGGCUCCUGCUGAUUACCUGCAAGUCUGUUUGGUGAACAAAGGGACGGGAACUCCGUUUAUAUCUGGGCUUGAUUUGAGGCCACUGAAGAGUACUCUUUACCCAGAGGCAAAUACAACUCAAUCUUUGGUGCUGAUCAAUUCCAAUCGGUUCAACAUGGGACCCACAGACAAUUCAAUAACCAGAUACCCACUUGAUCCCCACGACCGGCUUUGGUCAACAUAUGAUACGAUCCCAGACUGGACUGAGAUAUCUGCAACAUCAGUAGUUCAGAAUUACCUCACUGAUGUCUAUGAUGUACCAUCAGCUGUCAUGCAAAGUGCAGCAACAGUUAAUAGCUCGAGAAUUAAUUUCACUUGGGAUCCAUCUGACCCAUCGGUGAACAUCAGCUCCAAAUACUUCUUUGUGCUCUACUUCUCCGAGUUACAGUCUGUACCGAGCAAUGGGCUGAGACAGUUUGAUAUUAUUGUCAAUAACAAUACAUGGAACACACAACCUUAUACUCCACCAUUCCUAUUUGCCGAUUCCUUGUCUGGCACCGUACAGGGGCUGGCAAGUUAUAGUGUCUCACUUGUUGCUACGAAAAAUGCAACUCUUCCACCUAUCCUCAAUGCCAUGGAGAUGUACUUGGUGAAACCGCUAACUGAGUUUGCAACUGAUCCUAGAGACGCUAGAGCCAUGAUGGAAGUCCAACAAAAUUAUGAUGUGAAGAAAAACUGGAUGGGCGAUCCAUGUGCUCCAAAAGCUUUUGCAUGGGAAGGAUUAAACUGUUCCUAUCCUCCAGCUGAUUCCUCUAAAAUAACAUCACUAAACUUGUCUUCCAGUGGGUUGGCUGGAUCUAUUGCUACUUAUUUUGGAGAUCUCAAAUCACUCCAGUACCUGGAUUUGUCACACAACAACUUGUCUGGACCAAUUCCAAAUUUUCUAGGGCAGCUUCCGUUACUAAUGUUUCUGGACCUGUCCAGCAAUGAUCUCAGUGGACCAAUUCCUUACAAUCUUCUUCAAAAAUCACAAAAUGGUUCUUUGUCACUAAGGGUUGGUUAUAAUGCAAAACUAUGUGGCAACGAUACUGAAUGCGGAUCAGGUCAAAAGAAAAUUAAAGGGUCACUUCUUUCUGCAAUAAUUAUUACAAUAGUUGCCACUGUUGCACUAAUUGUUGUCUUAUUUCUUCUUCUGCGCCGAAUGCUCAAGGCAAAAGACAAGAGAAGAGCUGCUGGUCCUACAUAUGAAUCAGCAUUACUUGAGAACAGAGAAUUCUCUUACAGAGAACUGAAGCAUAUUACGAAUAACUUUAGCCAGCAGGUUGGUAAGGGUGGGUUUGGAGCUGUGUUCCUUGGUUACUUGGAAAAUGGUAACCCAGUUGCUGUGAAAGUGCGAUCCGAGUCAUCUUCACAGGGGGGUAAAGAGUUUCUAGCUGAGGCCCAACAUUUGACAAGGAUUCAUCACAAGAAUUUGGUUUCCUUGAUUGGUUAUUGCAAGGACAAAAAUCAUUUGGCCCUUGUGUAUGAGUACAUGCCGGAAGGGAACCUUCAGGAUCAUCUGAGAGCUACUACUAAUAAGCCACUCACUUGGGAGCAGCGUCUUCACAUCGCCCUUGAUGCUGCACAAGGAUUGGAGUAUCUGCAUGUCGCGUGUAAGCCAGCACUGAUUCACAGGGACGUGAAGAGUAGGAACAUCCUCUUGACCACAAAUCUUGGAGCUAAGAUCGCUGAUUUUGGACUGACCAAGGUAUUCAGUGAAUCGAGAACACAUAUGACCACUGAACCAGCUGGUACAUUCGGCUACUUGGAUCCUGAGUACUACCGCAAUUAUCAUAUCAGCGAGAAGAGCGACGUGUACAGCUUCGGUGUCGUCCUCCUGGAGCUGAUCACAGGCCGCCCUCCCGUCAUCCCCAUCGACGAGAGCGUGAGCAUCCACAUUGGUGAGUUUGUGCAUCAGAGCCUCGACCACGGCAGCAUCGAGAGCAUUGUGGAUGCAAGGAUGGGAGGAGGGGGAGGCUACGACAUCAACUCGGUCUGGAAAGUCGCUGACUUGGCGCUGCAUUGCAAGCGAGAGGUCUCCAGGGAGCGGCCUACGAUGACAGAGGUGGUGGCACAGCUUAAGGAGAGCUUGGAGCUCGAGAGCCAUGGCGAUAGGAAGCACUUGGUGACUGGUGAUGAUGACGUGAGCGUGAGCAAUCUUGGAGAGGAGACUGCACUUGAGGUAGAAGAGCAAUCUGGGGAGAUAUCAAGAGUUUCUCCUGGGCCUGCAGUAAGAUGACAGCUUCCAUCUUACAUGCGAAAUGGAGGUUCGAUCUUACAUAUAUAAAUUUUCUACUGUUUAUCUUCAAAAAAAACUUAGGUUUGUGUCGAUUUCGUAGUUGUAGUUGUGAAACUUGAAAUGAAACUUUCAUUUGCUCCAGUUCAUUUUCUUUUUCUUUUCUUUGUUUCUACUUUCUAUGACCAUCCAUUUCGCUUGAUGUGGUGAUGGUGUCCGGAUUUUGAAGUUUUUGGUGUAAGAUAUAUUAAUUAGAGGCUGUCCUUGUGUAAA